GGACCCCGCAGGCUGCCUUCGGCGCUGCCUGAGUCGCGACGCCGAGCCUCUGCCGGAAAGGCCUCCACAGCCUGCCCGCCCGGCCGCUCGGUGCGUCGGCGGGCCGGCCAUGGACCAGUGCGUGACGGUGGAGCGGGAGCUGGAGAAGGUGCUGCAGAAGUUCUCGGGCUACGGGCAGCUGUGCGAGCGGAGCCUGGAGGAGCUGAUCCAGUACGUGGCCGGGCUGCGCCGCGAGAUCCUCCAGAGCGAGAAUCAAGACGGGGAUCUCUCUGGAACAAUAUCGCUUGUUAUGACCCAAUGUUGUAAACGAAUAAAAGAUACUGUCCAAAAAUUGGCCUCGGAUCAUAAGGACAUUCACAGUAGCGUUUCCAGAGUUGGAAAAGCAAUUGACAAGAAUUUUGACUCUGACAUCAGUAGUGUGGGGAUCGAUGGAUGCUGGCAGGCCGACAGCCAGCAAAUUCUAAAUGAGGUGAUGGUUGAACACUUUUUCCGACAAGGGAUGCUGGACGUAGCUGAAGAGCUUUGUCAGGAAUCUGGACUUUCAAUAGAUCAGAGUCAAAAAGAACCAUUUGUGGAGCUUAACCGAAUAUUGGAAGCGCUUAAAGUUAAAGUUUUGCGACCAGCACUAGAGUGGGCUGUUUCAAACAGAGAAAUGCUGAUGGCGCAGAAUAGCUCUUUAGAAUUUAAACUGCACAGGCUAUAUUUUAUUAGUUUAUUAAUGGACGGAACUGCAAACCAGAGAGAAGCACUGCAGUAUGCUAAAAAUUUUCAGCCAUUUGCUCUAAACCAUCAGAAAGAUAUUCAGAUUUUGAUGGGAAGUCUAGUAUACCUGAGGCAGGGAAUUGAAAAUUCACCAUAUGUCCAUUUACUGGAUGCAAACCAGUGGGCAGACAUCUGCGACAUCUUCACCAGAGAUGCCUGUGCUCUACUGGGACUCUCUGUUGAAUCACCUUUAAGUGUUAGCUUUUCAGCAGGUUGUGUAGCGCUGCCUGCUCUAAUCAAUAUCAAAGCUGUGAUUGAACAGAGACAGUGCACUGGUGUUUGGAAUCAGAAAGAUGAAUUACCGAUUGAAGUCGACCUCGGUAAAAAGUGCUGGUACCAUUCAAUAUUCGCCUGCCCCAUCCUUCGUCAGCAAACAACAGAUAAUAACCCUCCUAUGAAGUUGGUUUGUGGUCAUAUUAUAUCAAGAGAUGCUCUGAAUAAAAUGUUUAAUGGCAGCAAAUUAAAGUGUCCCUAUUGUCCCAUGGAGCAGAGUCCAGGAGAUGCCAAACAGAUAUUCUUCUGAGGACAAGAUUGACUGUUUAGUUCAGAUAAGAGUCAGACACUGACUUAUGGGUUUGGUUUUGAAGACUGCAGCAGGCAAAUGUUCCAUCUGCACAUCGUAAAGUGGAAUGUUCCCUAUAUUUGUUCAAGCCUAACGCACCAGAUUUUUUUUGCCCACAGUUACUGUAUGCAUAUGAUUGGGGAAAUUGCUGAAGUAAUAUAUAUAUUAGGGCUUUUACUCUAUCCUUGGUCUCCAUAGCUGACCAAGAAACUACACCAGCAGUUGUCAUUCAAUGCAGAACUUUGUACUUAACUCUGUGGUUUCUUCACUUUUUAAAGCAGAUGGCAAACAACCUCCUUGUAG